AUGAACCAGCAAAUACAAAAAUCCCAAUCGGAAUUGGCAAUGACUCGUAUUCAACUUCAAAGAAACGAGACCAAUCUUCGCAUACUAAAAUUGGCAAACUCUGAGGUCUCCAAUUCUAAACAAGAUCACGUUUGGGAAUCUGUUGGAAAGAUAUUUCUCAAGACAUCGGUUCAAGAUUAUUCAUCCAGUUUGAAGAACGAAACAACUUCCAUCAAUGAUGCCGUGAAGGCUCUAAAGACCAAAGAAACAUACUUACAAACUACAUUGGAAAAUACAGUACAGGCAAUUAAUAAGUAUGUGGGAAAACCCUCCUCCUAA